AGGGCGGUCUGGGAUCAGAACCUCCAGAUGCCCGUCCAUGGACUCCAACGAAGGGAGCGAUUCCAGGUACCAGGGCACCCUGCACAAACCUCUCUUGAGCUUCCGCCUCGCCCAGGUGGGGACGGUAGGGAGACCGGAGGGCACACGCAUGCGCACGAAGGAAACGGUAAAGCCUGAAGGGAGGUGCAGAGCGCAUGCUCUCUCUUGCCCGAGAUGCCGAGGAUUUUGACAAGGACUCUGUCGUCCCGGAUGAUAGUGCUCAGGUUAAUGCCAGUGGGAGGGCGGUGCCCAAUAGUAACUUCCUUUGGAGGUUGUAGUACCGCCCCCAGAGCCAAUUUUCCACUUCCGCUUCCGGCGCUGCGGCAGUCCAGAUCAAAAAUGGCGGUAGUUGGUGUGUCCUCGGUUUCUCGGCUGCUGGGUCGGUCCCGCCCACAGCUGGGGCGGCCUAUGUCGAGUGGCGCCCAUGGCGAAGAGGGCUCAGCUCGCAUGUGGAAGACUCUCACCUUCUUCGUCGCGCUCCCCGGGGUGGCAGUCAGCAUGCUGAAUGUGUACCUGAAGUCGCACCACGGAGAGCACGAGAGACCCGAGUUCAUCGCCUACCCCCAUCUCCGCAUCAGGACCAAGCCGUUUCCCUGGGGAGAUGGUAACCAUACUCUAUUCCAUAACCCUCAUGUGAAUCCACUUCCAACUGGCUAUGAAGAUGAAUAAAGAGAAUCUGGACCACUACCCGGGCACCAGGGACCACAGCACUGGUUUGGACCGUUACUCUGCACAUGGACCAGAAAAAGUAUAUGGGACCUUAAGCUCACCUUCUUUACUUGUAUCAAAUGAUGACUGGUAUACUGGUCUCCCAUCCCUUUGCUUGUGGCAGGAGAUGGCUUAAAUAAAUAACUUAAACUUAGAUUGGUCAUGA